CACUCACUUCCGGCCGGCGCCUUGACGUCAUCAGGCAGAGCCGAAAGUGCCCUCGCGCUGCCUAGGAGACAGGACGCGGGGGCCUGCCGCUGACAGGGCACCACCGGCCGCGCCCACUCGGUCGUCAUGGAGCUGCCCCCAGGGCCGCGCGACCAUCCCAACGCCUGGGACGAUGACUCGGACCCGGAGCCGGAGCCUGACCCAGACGCGCAGGCCGAGGCUUACGUGGCCCGCGUGCUCAGCCCACCGAAACUCGGACUGGCGCCCCCGCUCGCCCCUCCGCUGUCCGCGUCCGCCCGGUCUCCCGGCGCCCUGGAGCCUCGGGCCGCGCCCAAGAUCCGAGCCGUGGGGGUCCCGGGCCUGCUGAGCCUGCCCCCGGAGCUGCAGCUCGAGAUUUGCGCCUACCUGGACGCGCGCCUCGUGCUCCACAUCCUGCCGCGCGUGUGCCACGCGCUGCGCGACCUUGUGCGUGACCAUGUCACCUGGAGGCUCCGCGCGCAGCGCCGCGUACGCGCACCCUAUCCAGUGGUGGAAGAGGAGGACUUUGACUGGCCGGCGGCCUGCAUUGAGCUGGAGCAGCACCUGUCACGCUGGGCGGAGGAUGGGCGCUGGGCCGAGUACUUCUGCCUGGCUGAUGGGCACUUUGCUUCCAUUGACUCAGUGCUGCUGUUCCAGGGUGGGACAUUCUGUCUGUCGGGCUCCCGAGACCGCAAUGUCAACCUGUGGGACCUGCGGCAGCUUGGGGUGGAACCCAGCCGGGUUCUGGUCAAGGCCCUUGGCACCCAGAGCAGCACCCACAAGGGUUGGGUGUGGUCGCUGGCAGCGCUGGACCACCGAGUGUGCUCCGGUUCCUGGGACAGCACGGUGAAGCUCUGGGACAUGGCAGCCGACGGGCAGCAGUUUGGCGAGAUAAAGGGCAAGGCAGCUGUGCUGUGCCUUUCCUACCAGCCGGACAUCCUGGUGACCGGCACCUAUGACAAGAAGGUGACAGUCUACGACCCCAGAGUCGGCCCGGCCCUGCUGAAGAGCCGGCGGCUGCACUCCAGCGCGGUGCUGGCGUUGCUGGCCGAUGACCGGCACAUCAUCUCGGGCAGUGAGGACCACACGCUCGUUGUGUUCGACCGCCGGGCCAACAGCGUCCUGCAGCGGCUUCAGCUGGACUCCUACCUGCUCUGCAUGUCCUACCAAGAGCCCCAGCUCUGGGCUGGUGACAACCAGGGUCUGCUGCACGUCUUCGCCAACCGGGACGGCUGCUUCCAACUUGUCCGGUCCUUCGAUGUGGGCCACAGGUCUCAGAUCACAGGGAUCAAACACUCGCUGGGGGCCUUGUACACCACGUCCACUGACAAGACCAUCCGGGUACACGUGCCCACAGACCCACCACGGACCAUCUGCACCCGAAGCCACGACAACGUGCUGAAUGGGAUCUGUGCUGAGGGCAACCUGGUGGUGGCCGCCUCUGGGGGCCUGUCGCUGGAAGUCUGGAGGCUCCAGGCCUGAGCAGGCAGACGUGGAUAUGGAUGUGGAUCUGCUGGCCGCAGGCUGGGUCAAGGCCUCUGUUCUCGGGGCGGGAGGGGCCCUCCCCUUUUCUGGUGCUGCCCUGGGCUCAGGCCUGGGGCACAAGGACUCCAGGCCACCGUUGGGCAGGGUCCCUGGUCUGUGCUCCACGUUCCAGCCCACCCUCAGGUCCUGUUUACGAUUGGACGCCUGCUUUCCCUUGAGAGCGAAGGGGAAAUAAACCUGAUGUACUGGU